CCUGAGCAGAACUGUCAGGAUACUUUUAAUUCUCCUGAAUAUAAAUGUUUGUGUAGCAGAUAAUAAUAACAAUUAUUUUCAAGAUGCAAACCGUUGUAAAUGCUUCAGAGACAACGCAAUCUGUGGCGACUGCAAACUCGCAUUCGACUGUAGAAGAUUCCUACAUAAUUCGAAUUGAAAUGAUUGAUGGCACUUCACAACUUGUUCAUUUAUCAAUGGAUCAAGCAAUGGCAUUAGGUGUACACAACAUAAGUCUUGAAAACAAAGAAAAAACACCAAAGAAACCUUCUACCAUGCUGAAUUAUAAAAUUGUUCAACCAGCAGAAUUAAAUUUAUAUAAAAAGGAAGAACCAGAGAUAAUUAGUAAUGCUGAAACUGGAUUGACCAGGGGCAGACCAAAGAAAAGACCAGGAGAAGCUGUAUUAAAAAGUGAUGUAGUAGAAGUAGCACCUCCUAAGUUGUGUGUCAGCACAUCAAGAACUAGAUGUGGUAGGAUAACAAAACCACCAACACACAUGGAAAAGGAUUAUGAAAAAAUUGUAACAAAUGUAAAGGGCAGUAUGAAACCUGUUGAAGAAUUGCAUACAGCACAGUUUGAACCUAUCAAAACCCGAAAUAAUAUAACUGAACCACCUCCUCUGGUUUCUUUGGAAUCAAAUCCCAAGAAACGAAAUAUUCCUGCACAAUAUAAAUGCCCUACAUGCAAAAAAGCGUAUUUGGGUCGUAAUCGCAUGGCUGCCCACUUGAAAAAGAAUCCGGAUCAUGGAGCAACCAAUCAGAUGAUGCAGCAGGAUUGCAAUUCAUGGAACUUUCUGAUUGAAACUGCACUGAAAGCAAAUAAAGGCAAACGCGGUGAAAAAUUCUGCAAGGAAUUAAUCAGUCUUGUUAAAAAUGCGCGUGUGAUGGCUAAAAACUUUCUGAGGCCAGCAACAGUUAAGUCUGAAUUUGUUGUGGAUUCACUUUUGGCAAAAAUAUUAGAUAUUAAAGAAGGGGACUAUCGGUUUAAUGAAAGUGGAAUCUGUAAAGAUGUUAAUAUAUUUUCAUUUUUGUUGGAUGAUUCAUUUUUAGAAUCCGUUGAUUCUAAUACACUCGAUACAACCGAAACUACAAACGAGCUUUGUUUUGCGAAUCCGCCUUCUUUAAUUCAACCAGCAAAGAAAUUUAUGUUUACACAAGGGGCAACUUCAACAAGCAACGAACUUACAUCGAUAGAAGAUGUGAACAGUAAACCUGUAAAUAAUGUUGAAUUGAAUUCGGACAUUACAUAUCUUAUUGAUAUUACUGAACCUAAGAAAAAACUCUUUGCACCCACAAAAACAAGUCCAAACAAAACGCUUGACAAUCAUUUCGAAAUUCUACAUAUUUUCAAUGAAGAUUUUAAUGACAAAUCUGUAUUUUCAUCUUCGGCAAGUACUUCAAAUGACGCAAAAGAAAAUAAUUACACUAACAACGAAUACCUUGUCAAAAAGAAACAAGAAACAAAUAGCGAAGACACUAAUCAACAGGAUCACGUUGGUAAAGAAGUUGACAUCUUUAGAAAAACGAUUCCCAACAUAUUAUCAUUUGAUGUAAACGACGAACACAUGAGUACACCAACUGAAAAAGAGAAAAAGAAGAGUGAAGAGUUUGAUUUGAACAAACUGCAUUUGGUUGAAUUUCUCCCAGAUGCACCCGUGGCUAACAUCUUGGAUACCAGCAUAGGAUCCGAUGAUGUAAUGAAUGUGGAUCAGUUUGUAAACGAAAGGUUUACGAACCUUACUGAACCGGGCGUCGAAAUUGUUCCAGAUUCUCCAAUUGCAUUGGAUUUGCCUUGUUUUACUUUCAACAAUUGAACUGUUAUGAAUAGAUAUGAAUAGAUUUAUAUUUUGUGGAAUAAACAGUUUCAAAAAUUUA